UUCCUAAUCUCCUACGUGGCCUAUCUUGUGAAGCGAUUAUCAGAAGUUGAGAUGGUAACUUCAUAUUUCACCCAACUAGAUUUUCUACCAUAAAAGCGGAAGUAAUAGUUGCACACAGAAAAGGUUGCCUUUCUGGAUUUCUUCUUGUCCCGACAAACUACAAAGAGGAUUGCUGUCUUUGGAUUCUUCAAAAUUAGAGUUUUUGAGAAACAUUUUUAGGACAAAAGAGAGAAAAAAAAAUGGAGAGAUUGCCUGCUGAUAUUUGUCUUAAGAUAUUCUGUUUGUUGGAUCAUCAGAACCUUGCAACUGCUACACAAGUUAGCAGGAAAUGGAAGGUGUUGGCCUCGGACAACAUGCUAUGGUCUAACCUAUUCAGAGAGAGGUGGGGAAUUGAUCAAGCUGCAUUCUAUGCCCCUACUCCUACAGAUUCAAAAUCAUGGAAACAAGUGUACGAGACACAAGACAGAUGUGAUCGAGUUGGAUUAGGGCUGAAGAUAAUCAGAGAAGGUGGUGACUACUUUCUCGUACAUCAAGGUCAAAUCCAACGUUAUUUGGGUUCAAGGAGGAAAAGGAAAGGGGUGAAAGACUGUGCUUUGAGGGUGAUGGAAGAAACUUCCAACGUGGAGGGGGAACACCGUCGAGGGAUUCUUGACAAAAUCCUUUUUUUCUUAGGCGACUUGGAAGUUGCUUCCGCCGAUGCCAAACGUGGUAGGGUGCUAUGAACAUCCUAAGGUCAAAUGUUUCAACUUCAAAUUUCUUUUUUGUAUAUGCAUGCGUUAAGAAAGAAAGAAUAGUACGGAAAAUAAUGUUAUUUCUGUGCUUAUAGCUAUGGUAAUGGAGCCCCAAUUUUUUUUUUUUUUAGUUUUAACUAUUAAGCAGAUGCUUCUGUCCAAAACAGAAAUUAAAGACAUAAAUAAAAGGUAACCAUUUUCACCUAGUCAGACAUAACAAUUAAAUUCUAAGUCUCGACGUAUCAUUUAUUGGAGAUAAACAAAAAAAAAAAAAGAAAAAAAAAAGGAACAAUCUCUCACUGCAGAGACAUUGUUAAGGGUGACAGAUCCCAAAUGAUGCUUCAUCAAUUAGUUGUUGCAAUUUCAUUGAACAAAAAACUUAUUUGAGCAAACUAUAAAACAAAUUAUAGACCAGUUUAGAAAAGAAUAAUAUCAGACUUAAACAGAUGGAUAUUUGCAUUCCUACUUAAA